AUUAGGAAGGACGUCUACCAUGAAUGGAUCGCAAAAAUAAUGGUUAUGAUCACACUUCCUCAAUAUAAAUAUUAUGGGGAGACUUAUAUUUUUUGUCAACGCACAUACUUGGAUAAUAAUUACAAAACCAACGUCUCUAGUAAUACCCGUCCGAAUAGGGCUAUACCAUGUCAAAGAAUUAGUUUAUCAGCAUCGAGUGCGCAGUAUCAUCGCAUGGGAUCCGUCGAGGCUGCACACGGCAGAAAUAUCACAGAAAUAUUAUAGAUGUAACUUCUUACACAUCACCUUCUAUAGUCAAACAAAAUAGUCCUUUAAUAUGCAACUGGGGGCAUCAUGCUCUUGCCAGUCCUCUGAAACGCAAAUAUAAUCUUCCUAGUAAGGACUGCAAUAAUGAGGUUGCGCGUAUGUGUGUGUGCAUCAGUGUCAGCGUGUUUUUGGAGUUGGGCAAGAGUCAGGUCGACUCCAAAAAUCCUUAAAUCGCGCACAACUGGAACCGCGUUUAUCAGGACAAAACUUUUAAAAUUGUUUUAUUUUAUUUAACCUUUAUAUAACUAGGCCAAUCAUUUAAGAACAAAUUCUUGUUCUUCUGCGGGGGACAGGCCCUGGGAUUAAAAAUACAAAAUAAAUACAAUAUAAAUAUAGGACAAAACACACAUCACAACAACAGAGACAACACAACACUACAUAAAGGGAGACCUAAGAUAACAACAUAGCAAGGCAGCAACACAUGACAACACAGCAUGGUAGCAGCACAAAACAUGGUACAAACAUUAUUGGGCACAGACAACAGCACAAAGGGCAGAGACUACAAUAUAUCACACAAAGCAGCCACAACUGUCAGUAAGAGUGUCCAUGAUUGAGUCUUUGAAUGAAGAGCUUGAGAUAAAACUGUCCAGUUUGAGUGUUUGUUGUAGCUUGUUCCAGUCAAAAUUUUGGCCAACGCUCAGAUAGAAAUGUAUGAUGUAGAACAAACAAUCAAAUCAAAUUUUAUUUGUCACACACAUGGUUAGCAGAUGUUAAUGCGAGUGUUGCGAAAUGCUUGUGCUUCUACUUCCGACAAUGCAGUAAUAACCAAGGAGUAAUCUAACCUAAAAACUACACAACAGCUACCUUAUACACACAGUGUAAAGGGAUGAAAGAAUAUGUAAAUAAAAAUAUAUGAAUGAGUGAUGGUACAGAACGGCAUAGGCAAGAUGCAGUAGAUGGAAUCGAGUACAGUAUAUACAUAUGAGAUUAGUAAUGUAGUGUAUGUAAACAUAUAAAAGUGGCAUUGUUUAAAGUGGCCAGUGAUACAUGUAUUACAUCAAGAUGGCAAGAUGCAGUAGGUGGUAUAGAGUACAGUAUAUACAAAUGAGAUGAGUAAUGUAGGGUAUGUAAACAUUAUAUGAAGUGGCAUUGUUUAAAGUGGCUAGUGAUACAUUUUUUACAUCAAUUUUUACAUUAUUAAAGUGGCUGGAGUUGAGUCAUAGCCACUUUAAACAACGCCACUUCAUAUAAUGUUCAAUGUUAGUGGUGGCCGCUCAAUGUUAGUGGUGGCUGUUUAACAGUCUGAUGGCCUUGAGUUAGAAGCUGUUUUUCAGUCUCUCGGUCCCUGCUUUGAUGCACCUGUACUGACCUCGCCUUCUGGAUGAUAGCGGGGUGAAGAGGCAGUGGCUCGGGUGGUUGUUGUCCUUGAUGAUCUUUAUGGCCUUCCUGUGACAUCGGGUGGUGUAGGUGUUCUGGAGGGCAGGUAGUUUGCCCCCGGUGAUGCGUUGUGCAGACCUCACUACCCUCUGGAGAGCCUUACGGUUGUGGGCGGAGCAGUUGCCGUACCAGGCGGUGAUACAGCCCGACAGGAUGCUCUCGAUUGUGCAUCUGUAAAAGUUUGUGAGGGCUUUUGGUGACAAGCCGAAUUUCUUCAGCCUCCUGAGGUUGAAGAGGUGCUGUUGCGCCUUCUUCACCACGCUGUCUGUGUGGGUGGACAAUUUCAGUUUGUCCGUGAUGUGUACGCCGAGGAACUUAAAACUUACUACCCUCUCCACUACUGUCCCGUCGAUGUGGAUAAGGGGUUGCUCCCUCUGCUGUUUCCUGAAGUCCACGAUCAUCUCCUUUGUUUAGUGUAUAAAAUCAGGUCUGCUCUAGUCAUGGUAUUUCUAUCUGCAACGUUUUUGUAAUGAACAUGGCCUGCUUACAGGAAGGUAAGGGUUUCCCGUUUAUCACCGGUUUUAUUAUGAGCUAAUAGUAUCUUGACAUGUAGCAUUUUAACCAAAUGAAUGAUAAUGCACAUUAAGGGUUGAUGAGGAAAGCAACAUCAGACCCGUGCCUUUCAAUGAAUAGCACUGUCAAUGUGUUUGCCACAGUCAUAUCACACACAUUCAUAUCAGACAAUAGUGAAAUACCAUAAAAACAAGGGUGUCAUUAACUUGUUUGUAGAUGUGUAGGCUAUUCUUAUAAUACAUUUUCAUUGUUGCACACCUUGAUUUAGGCCUAGGUGGUUUUACUAUUCUUUGUGUUGGGGAAUUUUCUGUUCUUAUUUAUUUUAAUUGUAUCUAAUUUAUUGUAUUUAUUUAUUUUCCUUAAUGUCCUUGUCUCUUGUCAAUUGAGCCUUUAGUUUUUGGCAUCCCUAAUAUACAAAACCAGUGAUUGCUGCUCUUAACAUGUGAAUAAGGACAUUAGCCUUGUCAUAUUGCAGUUGCACCUUAUGACUGUUUACAGCAGCAAAGCUUGAGAAUAGACCGUCUCAAAUCUUAUGUUAGUCAAAAACUCAAUCACGACUUCUUGGCUGGAGAGUUGCUGGCUGGCUGCGUGACGUCUCGCUGAGCCAGCUUAGAGGGUGAGGUCAGGUCUCUCUGUUUCUUUAAGCUCCGGAACCCAGUCUCACCUUCAAAGUCCCAGAGCCUAUUUACCAUGCUAGGAGGGAAGAAGGUCCCAGAGGAAAGUGUUUCGGGUGGGCCACGGAAAGGAGAUGACCCUCCGCUGGUUGUCCACCCAACUUUGGAGACACCGUGUGAUGUGUCUCCUGAUGGCUUUGUGUGUCACCUUGUUACUCAUGCUCCUGGCUACUCAGUCAUUGCAGCAUCCAAGCCACUAUGCUGGGCACAUGGGCCAUAAGGUGGAGGAGAGGGGAGCACUUUCCGACAAUGCUCCUCCAAACACCCCUGUCCCAUCCCACACUGCCCCUAACAGGAGGAAGGAGGUUCAGACACCCAAUCUGCAGCAUCAAAGAGACCCCAAUGGGUACACCUUUAUGAGGACAAGGAGGAGCCCUCCACCUGUAGCUUUCCUCAAAACACACAAGACUGGAAGCAGCACUGUUCAGAAUCUGAUGUUCCGCCUUGGGGAGAAGGAGAACCUCACUUUCGCCUUCCCCUAUUACGCAUACCAGUUCAGCUACCCAGAUAGGUUCCGAGCAGACUUUGUAGAUGAGCUGCCACCGGGUUCCUCUCAGUUCGACAUGCUCUGCAGCCACAUGCGGCUGGACCUGGGACAGCUGAAACAGGUGAUGCCCAGGAACACCAUCUACAUCACCCUGCUGCGUGAUCCUCUACAGACCUUUGAGUCCGUUUUCAGCUACUACACUUCCACUGUACCCGCCUUCACGCUAGCCAAAAAGGCAGCUGACACAGCUAACAGGAAGUCCGCCCUCUCGGUCUUCCUGGAGUCCCCAGAGUCCUACUGGGACCCUACAGAACCUGGGAAUGGCCUAGCCAGGAACCCUAUGAGCUUUGACCUGGGCCUCAGCAGCCAAGAGUGGAACGCAUCCUGGCCCAUGGAGCUGACUCAGCUGGAGGAGGCCUUCCAGCUGGUGAUGAUCGCUGAGCACUUUGAUGAGUCUCUGGUUCUCCUGGGGGCUCUGCUGCAGCUGGAGCCUGAGGAGCUGGCCUAUGUGCACCUGAACGUCCGCGCCCCAUCGGACAUCACCCCGCUGGAGGAGGACACCAAGGCCAGGCUCUGGGCCUGGAACAGUCUGGAUGUGCUGCUCUACAACUUAUUUCUGCAGGUGUUCUGGGAGAAAGCUGAGCAGUAUGGCCUGGGGAGACUGAAAAGGGAGGUGGCCCUACUGAGGGCCUCCACACAGAGGCUCAGACAGAAGUGUGUGGCCAGAGAAGGAGUCCCCCCUGGUGAGCUGGAGGACCUGGUCAGGCCCUGGCAGACCGACACAGUCACCAUCCUGGGAUACGAGGUACGAGGGAACCUGACUCUGCAGGAAGAGGGGCUCUGUGUGCGACUAGUGCUGCCUGAGCUACAGUACCACUCUCAUCUGUAUUUCCAGCAGUAUGGCCAUGACAUGAGGUCCAUACCUACAGACUAAUGUGCAGCACUUUCCCUUUUAGAUACUACACCACUCAGAAUUUCUGCUUUUGAUGUAUUUUUCCAAUAAACCAAAAAUACUAACAUUGUUAGGUCCCUUUCCAAAUGUAUUUUUAUUUUUUAAAUGUGGAUCUUCUUGUUAAAAUACUAUAAAGACCUUAAUUCAACUCCUAGCGACCUAGUCAAGAGAUGUUAGCCUCUUGGGGAAGCUAAAAGAGGCAUAGUUCAGCCAUAAUCCAAGAGGAAGUGGCGUGUCUUUUUACUAGAAGCUCAAGGACAUUAUUUUAGCUAUAAUCGUUACAUUUUUCAGUAGAAUUUUCAGAUUCUUUGGGUGGGGAGAAACCCCUCUUCAGUUAUCAAACAAAUGUAUUUAUAAAGCCCUUUUUACAUCAGCAGGUCAAAGUGCUAUACAGAAACCCUGACU